UUGCACACGCGUUCAUCUUUGCCCCGGUUUCUCCGAUCUAUGAAUUCCGACUGAGAGGUGGAUGAAGGAAGGUAGUCCAUGAAGUGUCCGCGUUAUUUCAGUGACUAAUCUCGAAUUUUGCACUAUUUACAGACCUGUUCUCAGACGCUACACGAUGUUUGAAGAAAAAUACAUUAUGAUGUAAGUUAUAUUAUAUUCAUGCGCAAAUAUAAAAUGAUUCUUUCAUCGAGCUCAUCCAUCCUGUUUGCUUUCACCAUUCAACCUACACAUCAUCAUAGCACAGUUGACCAAAACCUUUGAAACGUCGGGUUGUUCACUGAACUACUGUCCGUAGGCUACUGUACUCUGUAAUGUACAAUGAGAAAGACAUUCAUAAGACAAGUGAAGCGGUUUCCGUGGGUAACCAAUGUAACACUCUAUGGCUGCUUAUUCGCCGGCGGGGACGUUGUGCAUCAGUGGUUUUCUAAAAGAGAAGACAUGGACUGGAAACAUACAAGGAAUGUCGCCAUAGUUGCUUUCAGUUUUCAUGGUAACUUCAACUUCUUCUGGAUGAGGUUUUUGGAGCGACGAUUCCCUGGCAAUUCUGCAAGAAUGGUGCUACGAAAACUUCUGUUGGAUCAGACCACGGCAGCACCCCUAGCAACAAGCGUAUUCUAUACGGGUGUAAGUUUUCUAGAGGGAAAAGAAGACAUUUUCCAAGACUGGAGGGAGAAGUUCUUCAAUACAUAUAAGACUGGCCUUAUGUACUGGCCAUUUGUACAGCUGCUGAACUUUGCGUUGGUGCCGCUGUACCUGCGCACGGCCUUCACAGGCUGCUGCGCGUUCGUCUGGGCCACCUUCCUGUGCUUCUCACAGCAGAGCGGCGAUGGGACGGCCAUGGCUGCCCUCGCCUGGUUACGAGGUCCGGCCCCUGCGUCCGACGCAUCACCACAGGACACAGGAAAUGACUAGUAACCAUGGAGAUGCCACAAACAAAAAGUGAACCUCAGGGAGAUGUGUGGAUGUGUGUGUGUGUGGGUAUGUGACAAAGAGAAGGAGUAACUUCUUUCUCCUAAAGAUUUUCUUUUUUACGUUUGACUCAUUGGUAAGCACCUAAUAUCCUACAAAUAAUUCAAAUAACUCAAACUAUGAGAGUUUUAUGAAGUGCUGGCAAAAACAUCUGAAAUGACCACCAUUCUAACUUAACGAGUGAAUAAAAAAUAGAAAUAAUUAUCCCAGAA